AUGAUGAAACUAAGAGAUAAGGCACUAAGAAAGUAUCAUCGUACAAAGAAUCACAAUGAUUGGUUAGGCUAUAAUACACUAAAGAACAAAAUUAACCACGCGAUUAACAAAGAAAAGCAAGUAUAUUUUGAGCAACAAGUUGCAUUAAAUAAAAACCGCAUGUGGAAAGAACUCGGAAAAUUGAAUAUAGUUAAUAAAAAACAGAAUUCACUACCUCAACACCUAGGAACUGCAAACCAAAUCAACAACUUCUUCAUGCAAUCCAUCUCGGGUGAUAAUAAUGAACCUGAUCAGUACACUCUUCGAUUCUUCUCCGAUACGCAACUCCCUCAUGAAGCAUUUGAGUUUUCGUACACUAAUGACAAUGAAGUAUAUCAAAAAUUGCUUUCAGUGAAAUCAACAGCCGUUGGUGCCGACGGUAUAAGUAUCAGCAUGCUGCUGUACAGCUGCCCUACAAUUUUACCAUAUCUCACGCAUAUUUUUAAUUACUGUCUAAAAUUCAAUGUAAUACCCAAAAUUUGGAAGCUUGCACAAGUAAUUCCCAUACCAAAAAAGAGCAACCCUGAAGAUGUGGGCGACCUUCGACCCAUCAGCAUCCUAUGUACUCCAUCAAAGGUCUUUGAAGUGAUUUUGGAUGCUAGAAUGAGGGACUUUGUUGCUAAAAAUGACAUUCUUCCAGAAAACCAAUCAGGGUUCAGAUCAGGUCACAGCUGCACAACAGCCUUGCUCAAAGCGUGGUUGAAGGGUCCCUUUCGCCUGGCCGCAGGAGAGAGGGAAAUAGAAGGCAAUGAGCGAGUAGACCAGGCAGCUAAAGAGCUUAAUUUACAAGGCCACUAUAUGAAUCCAAUUAAGACUAUCUCUUUUCGGAAAUGUCCUAGUAAUACCUACGCUAAUAUUCUACAAAGGAAGAAACCCCAGAUAGAAAGGAGUAGCGAAAGAAGUAAUAAAUUUUACGAUGUCUUGUCUGUCGGUCUGUCCCUUGAAUUAAUGUGUUUACGCACACGCACAAAAAGUCAGCAGAGCGGCAUCCUUAUUCCCCCUCUUAACCCCUCCUCCUGUAACGUCUCAGUUACGUCUUGUUGCAUUCCCAGAUAA